GGUUCUUCUUAUCUCGAUUGAAAGAUUACCCUUUUUUGAUACUAGCGGCUGCUCAGAUAGGCCGAUAGUCGCCGAUCGUAACCACGGAUAUAUCAACAACGCCCUUUUGUCAGUAAUCCUCAAUUCCGUCUCACAUAAGUCUCACACGGGGAUACAUAAAACUACUCUGACCGCCCGCACGAAGUCUCUUUUCAGUUGAUUUCUCUUUCGUUCAAUUGCUUGGUGAGAGUGAAGAUGCGUGAAUCUGCCAGCGGCAGCGUAGCAUCUGCCGUGGCCGAGAACGGCACGAAUGCACUCAGCGAUGAACGAACCCCGUUGCUCAAGUCUACAAGUCAACCUCAGAAUCAAGAUUCCGAACCACUAAGUGAAGCUCAAGGAGAUGACCCUGAUCGAGGUUUACCAGCAGGACAAGAGGAAGAGACAACCGUUGUUGCUGAGGAGGUAUCAACUGGCCGGUUGGUUCUCAUCUUUGGUACAGCGUGGAUCGGAGUCUUCUUGGGUGCCAUCGACUCUACUAUUAUUGCGACUCUCUCAGGACCAAUUUCGAGCGAGUUCCAAUCCCUCAGCUUGUUGUCAUGGCUUGCAACCGCCUACCUCAUCUCCAAUGCCGCAUGCCAACCUAUUUCGGGGCGGUUGACAGAUAUCUUUGGCCGAGGACCGGGUCUCGUAUUCAGCAAUAUAUUCUUCGCAGCCGGUAAUCUCAUUUGUGGUCUGGCCCGUGAUCAGACCACCAUGAUCAUAGGACGUGUUGUCGCAGGUAUUGGAGGUGGUGGAUUGAUGAGCAUCUCGACGUUCCUGGGCUCAGACCUGGUCCCUCUACGCAAGAGAGGCAUUAUUCAGGGCUUAGGUAACAUCUGCUAUGGAUCUGGUGCAAUGCUGGGUGGUGUGUUUGGCGGCUUGAUUAAUGAUCACACAUCCCAGGGCUGGAGACUUGCCUUCUUGAUCCAGGUACCUCCAGUACUCGUCUCUGCUGUAGCAGUUCAUUUCUUGGUCAGGGUUCCUCCUAAGCAGUCGGAUAAGUCGUUCCUUGCACGCAUCGACUUUAUGGGGGCAUUCUUGACAUCUUCUUUCUUGGUAUUCCUGCUCUUAGGCCUCAACUCAGGCGGAAAUAUUGUGCCGUGGACUCAUCCGCUCCCGCUGACCACGAUACCUCUUGCUUUCAUCACAUUUGGCUUAUUCUUGUUCUGGGAGAGUAAGGCCCGCCAGCCAAUCAUACCAGUGAAGCUUCUUCUCGAUCGGACUGUCUUGAACGCCUGUCUCUGCAAUCUUGCCUGUACGAUGGCGGUAAUGGGGGCGCUCUUCUAUGUUCCCCUGUACCUGCAGGUUCUUGGCAGUAGUGCCACACAAUCUGGUAUCCAGAUUCUCCCAUCACCGAUCGGUAUCUCAGUGGGAUCUCUCCUUUCGGGCUUCAUCAUGAAGAGAACUGGAAAAUACACCAAACUAGGUGUAGUGGGCUUGCUCUUUCUUAUUGCGGGAGUUGUGGUUCUUACAAUCCAAAAUGAGCAUAGUCCCAAGUGGUUGAUGGGAGUUUCUUUCUUCUUGAUCGGUUCUGGAUAUGGUGCAACCCUCACAACGACGUUGUUGGCAUGCAUUGCUGCUGUUGACCACUCUCAGCAGGCUGUCAUCACCUCUGCAACCUAUCUGGCACGCAGCCUCGGUAGUACUGUGGGAGUUACCAUUGGCUCAGCCGUGUACCAAAACAUCCUCAAAGCUAGACUUUGGGACAGAUUCGGUGCCGAGCCUGGGGCUGCAGAUGAGAUUCGCCGCAUCAGAGACGACCUGAAUGAGAUUAAGCAUCUUCCUGAAGGAUGGUAUGACGGCGUCAUCAGCUCUUUUGUGGAGGCCUUCAGGGGAGUGUGGCUUACACUGCUGGCCUUCGCUAUCAUUGGGCUACUGUGCAUCUCGCUCAUGAGGCAGCACACCCUUCAUUCGACUCUUGAGAGACGGUGAUUACUUUUGAAGCGGAGUCGUAAAUGAGGAUCAUAUCGUAAGGGGUUUGAAAGAGUUGGAAGAAAGAGAAAUUGAAAAUGCUGGAAGGAUAGAUUAAAACAGUGGUUGAAGAUCCGCCCUAGGUAGACAUGUAGUAAAUCACGGAUAUUCGUGGAUAAUGUGACAAAAGUUGAAGGCAUUGACAGUUCUGGGUCAAAUUUUCAGCCAGUGCUUGAAUGGGAUCGGUGCUAGUGAUGAGGCAUCUACAAUUUCCAUUUAAACUUCUUUCAAAAGAAAGACGCUUUUUGAAAGAUGGCUUUUUUAAAGUGUCUUUCUCAUAGUCUCAGAAUAUAUCGAUCUCUCUCUCCAUCCUUCGUCUUUGGAUUUCAAGAACCAUCAACACUGACCUUUUGUCUUCUACCCCAACCUUGAACUCUGGAUGGCUUCAUAGAUGAAACAUUACUACAUAGUUUACACCUCAUCAGCCCCAUCACAUCUAGCUCGAUUCAAGCCACGACUGGUCACUCUGGCCGAGUACAGCGAUGACAAAGUUGAAGGUAGCUCUAGCAAAAAUGUCUCGGCUGGCUCGUCGGAACUCACUUCAGAGCUUACGCCGAGAGAGAAAAGCGGCUGAAGAGGCUAUACUCAUAUUGCUCUGAGUUUCCCUUACUGCCUAGAGUAACCUGCGACUUGAUACAGAUGUCAUAUAAAAGGACGUAUAACAACAACUUGCCCUGAUUUUAGUGUUUGACCUUUUAUUGCAGGCUGUUUCAAUAGUGAGCUAAGACUGGUUCUAAAUUACCCGACUGACAUUGCUGAACAACAUACCGAAGCACUUUCUCUGUUGAGGACUCACCUAAAAAGCCUAUUAUCCCUAAUUUAAAAGUCGAUGAACAAUCUUCUAUCAUUCGUUCCCCCGGAAGAUCUCCCGGGACUUUGGUUCGGCUCAAGAUUGGGGAACUAACGAUAGCUGGUUUUCCUAUGAGGCUCGUGUUGCUUGGACUAGCUUAAAGAUUUUGGAUGUAGAAAGUGAAUAAAGACUGUAUGGCAAAACUCUGCGGGCUGAAGCAAGCCAUAGGUUCUGAAGAAGACCAGCUAUCGUGAUUGUGCAAUCCAACCCCCAUAACCUCUGGGAACUGGUUCUUCUGUUGUUUCGACAUAUAGUACCAACAUGAAUGCUCAUAAAGUCGACAUAAAGUAAUGCAG